CUCACACACACUUCUCAUGAGAGCUGCUUCAUUUGUCUUGGCCAGCUAGAGCCUUUUUUAUUAUUAUAAAUCACCAAGGCUUGCCACCCUGGACGUCUUAUGAUGUUUGACAGCUCGCAAUAUCCUUAUAACUGUUUUAACUAUGAUGGAGAAGGAUAUCCCUCUUGUGGCACAGAUGAAGAGAAGAAAGUGUGUCGUCCAGCUUACAGUUACAUUGCACUAAUAGCGAUGGCUAUACAGCAGAGCCCAGAGAACAAAGUUACCCUAUCUGGAAUCUACGAGUUCAUCAUGAAGAGAUUUCCUUAUUACAGAUCCAACCAGAGGGCUUGGCAAAACUCAAUUCGUCAUAACCUCUCUCUAAACAGCUGCUUCAUAAAGGUGCCCCGUACGGAAGGUAACGAGAAAGGAAAAGGUAAUUACUGGACGUUCGCCACAGGCUGCGAGUCCAUGCUGGACCUCUUUGAAAAUGGCAACUUUCGUCGCCGCCGCCGCAGACGCAACUUAAAAAUGGGCCUGAAGGAGCCAGCCGAACCCUUUGUUGCUAUGGACACUCAUCAGGGCGUUGCAGUAAGAUCCUCGGAUUCAGAUUCUUUCUGCCCUGUGAACACUAGUCACAGACCGGCCCAAAACAACCCACCCCUCAGUAAACCUGAGCCCGAGAUCAAAUUCAGCAUUGACUAUAUUCUGUCCACGCCGGACCCUCUGCCAGGGUUCAGAGCCCCUAACAGUGUAGCUGGAGCUGUGAUCCACCACCUGGAGCCACAACAUCUCAAUCUACACUUCUGGACCAUGUAACCUAAACCAUAGAACAAAUUCAGUAAAUACCUGAAAAAGACAAAUUAAUCUUCAAUAGUGUGCAAAAAGUCCUUCCCAUAAUGCAAAUUGGCUUGUCAGUAGGCACAUGCAGUUUAUUGUGUGCUAGUGCUCUCAUCAGUAAGUCUGCUGUCACUCAUGUUAGCAAAGCUGUUAAAUAAGAAUACACAAAGAAACUUAUAAGUAGGCCUAUAGAAUUAUUUAAUGAUUAAUAAUAGGAGUUUAAGGAUAUAUAUUACAGUAUAAUGCUCACUUUGAAAAGGUCACUUGGUCAUGAAUUUUUGAAGGCAUAGACAUAGAAUCUGAUGAAAUCAGUCAAUUAGACGGUAACACUUUAUUUUACAGUGUCAUUGUUACACAUGUUACAUGUAGUUACUAUUGUAAUAACUAGAAAUUAUGCAUAAUUACAUGCAACUAACCCUAAACCAAACCAAACCCCAAUCCUAACCCUAUAGUAAGUGUAUGUAGUUAAUUAUUAUUACUCAGUACGUAAGUGCAUAAAUACACUGUAACAAGUACGCUUUAAAAUAAAGUUGACUUUUAAUGUCAAACAUAGGUAACACUUUACAAUAUGGUUCCAUUUGUUAACAUUAGUGAACAUGGAAUAACAAUAGAAAAUACUUCUAAAGCAUUUAUUAAUCUUAGUUAAUGUUUUUAACAUUUACUAAUGCAUUAUUGGUUACACUUUAUUUGAAGGUGUCCGUGUUACAGUGUAAUUAUACAUUUAAGUACUGAGUAAUAUUAAUUAACUACAUGUACUUCCUAUAGGGUUAGGAUUAGGGUUUGGUUUAGAAUUCAUUGCAUGUAGUUAUGCCUAAUUUAUAGUUACAUGUAACACAUGUAACAAGGUUGCUGUAAAAUAAAGUGUGGUAACACUAUUUUAGUGUCGUUACAUGUUACAUAUACUUAC